AUGGCCGACUCUCCCAGGGAGGGAAAACCGGCCAGGUCUCUGGACUUCACCCGGCUGGUUGACAUGGCCUCUGAGUCCGUAGGAGGAGAGAUUUUAUUUGCAACGGAUGAUUUUUUUGCUCCUGCGGAAAACCUCAUAAAGACUAAAAGCCCAAGCUUCAGAGAAGACGAAUACACGGAGUUUGGGAAGUGGAUGGAUGGAUGGGAGACCAGAAGGAAAAGGAUUCCAGGUCACGACUGGUGCAUCAUCAAGCUGGGGAUACAAGGGAUUAUCCGGGGCUUCGAUGUGGACAUUUCCUACUUCAUGGGAGAUUACGCUCCUCGGAUAUCAAUCCAAGCAGCAAACUUGGAAGGAGAUAAAGCACCAGAAAUGCCACAGAGAGGAGUCAGGACAGGGGCCGCGGCCACCCCGGCGGAGUUUGAGGCUGUUGCUAAGCUGGGGUCCAACGACUGGAAUUACUUGGUUCCCAUGACAGAGCUUAAGCCAGGAAAGCCUGCUUCCAGCCACAAUUAUUUUCCUGUCGACUCCCAGCAGAGGUGGACUCACGUGAGACUCAACAUUUUCCCGGACGGUGGGAUUGCACGUCUUAGAGUGUAUGGUUGUGGACAGAAGGACUGGACCGCAACUGAUCCCAAGGAACCGUUUGACCUCGCAGCCAUCGCUCACGGGGGCGCCUGUGUAGGAUUCAGCAACGCACACUUUGGGCAUCCAAACAAUAUGAUAGGAGUCGGCAAGGCUAGGUCUAUGGCUGAUGGCUGGGAGACCGCAAGGAGGCCAGACAGGCCACCGGUGUUAGAGAAUGGCGAGAAUGGUAGUCUCCUUGUUCCGGGUUGCGAAUGGGCGGUCUUCCGGCUGGCACAUCCUGGAGUGAUCACUCAAAUUGAAAUCGAUACACGCAAAUUCAAAGGCAAUUCGCCCGACAGCUGUAAGCUGGACGGCUGCAUCCUGACGACUCAGGAGGAGGAAGACAUGAUCAAGCAGAAGUGGGAGCUUCCGGGCCAUAAGUGGAAACCGCUGCUUCCCGUCACGAAGCUGUCCGCCGGCAAAAGUCACUUGUUCGACAGCCUGACCCUGGAGCUCCAGGACGUCAUCACGCACGUGAGAUUCACCAUCACCCCGGACGGGGGCGUGAGCCGCCUGCGCCUCAACGGCUUCCCCAGCUCCCUCUGCCUCCUGCGCCCCCGGGAGAAGCCCUUGAUGAGGUUCUCCGUGAAGGCAGGCUUCCGGGCCAACCUGUGA